AUGAUUGAGCUCGGUCUUAGCCGGAUAUCCAGCCUCCUCCAACAGACCCCGCUGUCAUGGAAGGCCAUUCACAUCGCCGGCACGAAUGGCAAAGGCUCGAUCAGCGCAUACCUAUCGCAUCUCUUAAACUCCGGGGGUGUUCGAUGUGGCCGAUUUACCUCCCCACACUUGAUUGAUCGCUGGGAUUGCAUCACCAUUAACGAACGGGUUGUCCAGGAGUCUCUCUUCCGUCAGAUCGAGGCCAGAGUCAAGCUGCGGGAUCAAACGCUAGGCAUUGGCGCGAGCGAGUUCGAGCUAUUGACGGCAACGGCGUUCGAGAUCUUCAACCAUGAGCAGGUCGAGGUCGGAGUUGUCGAGGUUGGCAUGGGCGGCCGCUUGGAUUCCACAAAUAUUCUGAACAACGUGUUGGUGUCGGUUAUCGCCAAGAUUGGCCUCGACCACCAGGCUUUCCUAGGGAACACCAUUGAACAAAUUGCGCGGGAGAAGGCUGGAAUACUGAAGCCAGGUGUCAGUUGUGUGGUCGAUGGCACCAACUGUGCGGAGGCGAUAGGGGCCAUCAAAGACCGCAUCGGGGAACUUGGUCUGAGUGCUGCUAUCGUUCAUCCGGAUGCCCCAGAUGACCAAUUACCUUCCCUUGGUAAAUUGUUUCAGCAGCAUGACCUACAGACUCAUCAAAAGGCGAACAUGUCGUGUGCAGCCGCUUCGUUGAAAGCCCUUCUACCACGGAUCCGCCCGGACCUUAAGGCCGACACCCUAAUCCCGCAACUCACUUCCGUCGAAUGGCCAGGUCGCUUACAGAAACUUGCGCUACAGCCGUUGACCGCACGCAAAGAACCUGUACUGUUGGAUGGUGCACACAACGCCCAGUCAGCUGAAGUUCUUGGAGAAUACGUCGAUCGCAAACUGCGCUCCCUGGGAAAGAACAUCACCUGGGUUAUUGCAGCCUCACAUGGGAAGGAUAUUCGCCCAUUAUUCCAUUCAGUUAUCAAUCCCGGCGAUGUUGUUGCGACGACAACCUUUGGACCCGUUGAUGGGAUGCCUUGGGUCAAGGCUGCCAACCCUGAGGAGCUGUCUUCAUGUGUUCGGGAUAUCCAAGGUAUCGGGGAGGUACAGUCGUUCAACCAAGACACCCUUGGCGCGCUUGAAUGGGCGUGUAGCAGGGCGGACGGCGAACCUCUAGUUAUUGCAGGGAGCCUUUAUCUCGCAUCUGACGUUUUGCGUCUUCUCAGGGAGGCGAAAAAAUCAUGA